ACCCUGCUCCCAUUGGUUCAUCAUUAUGAUUAGUGUAAACAGCAUCCACUCCGAUGGGCGGAAUCGCUCCCGCUCUCUUUGCUCUGUGCGUGUUCGGCGGGACUUCAGAGUAAUGGACCCCUUCCGCUACCCCCGCGCCCCCCGCUCUCGUUCCCUCAAACCCUUGUCCUUCCCUGACCUGCUGGGAAGGUCCCAAGAUGGACAGAACCACCCACAGGCCCGCAAGAAGAAGGCACAGCUUGGAAAAUGCAGGGUAAAUUUGUGUGGUUUAAUUUGGUCGAAGCAGCGAUCAGUGUGACUAAUAAGAUCAGUGUGAACUGGUUUAUUCAGGAGCUCUAUUGAUAGUUGUCCGACAUGAUACCAGGAUGUACCAGGAUGACCAAGGGUCCCACCACACUCAUUCAACGCACACAUGCAUGUACACACGUUUUCAUAUGUGUGACGUCUGUUUUGUCUGGUCUUUUUUUCUAGGCCUUGUACAACUCUAUCAGAAACGAGAAGCUCCAGUGGACCAUGUAAGUGUACUUAGCAAAAAAUAAAUAUUUUUGUUUCAACUAAUUAUUAUUAAGUAACUGGUUCCACAGCCUUUUCUUCUUUUUUUUUUUACUCAACAUUUCGGACCAAGUGUUACCUGAAGAAAAAAUAAAAAUAAACGGGCCCCAAAAAUUCAGUCAACUUAAAAUGAUGUUUGCUCAACUUGUCUCAUAUGUUCAUUCAACUAGAAAUUAUUAUUUGGGCAUCUUACAUAAAAAAGGCUGUGGAACUAGUUACACACACAGUGCUUUUACCAUACAAUGCUUUCAACUUACAUUUAAUUUAUACAGUAACUAAUAUUAUGUCCUCACCUGGGAUUUGAACUCCCAACCGCAUGUUCACGGCAUUCCAAUCUUCCUGCUACACCACCAUGUCUGUGUCAAUGACUGAUUUCACCUGUAUUGCUACACUUUUCACUUCAAAGUAAAUCUCAGCUUUGUUAAAAGUACACUCAAGAAAAACUAUUGUAUUUAUUAUAGUUAGUGAUUAAGGAGUAACAUUUAAAACAGAGUAAUAUGCCCCACCAACAUUAGACAACCAUACAGAAAAACCUAAAAUUGCUGAAAUAAGUAAUCAAAAUAAAUGAUGAGAGAUUAGUCUGAUUAACUGACAUUUUAACACAGACAUGGUGGCGUAGCAGGAAAAUCAGAAUGUCAUGAACCAAGAGGUUGUGAGUUCAAAUCCCAGGUGAGGACGUUGAAUAAUAAUUACUGCAUAAAAGAACAUGCACAAAAAUAAUAAUAUAUGUCAAUGUGUGUCAAAAAUGUAAGUUAAAAACAUUGUAUGUUAAAAGCACUAUGUGUGUAACUAGUUCCACAGCCUUUUUUUAGGUAAGAUGCCCAAAUAAUAAUUUCUAGUUGAAUGAACAUAUGAGACAAGUUGAGCAAACACAUCAUUUUUAAGUUAACAGAAUGUUUGCCUACAUUUUCUCAAUUUGGAGCUAAGAUUGGCCAAAGUAUUUUUUUGUUUUGUUCAGGUAACACCUGGACUGAAAAGUUGAGAAAACAAAAAAAGACUGUGGAACCAGUUACUUAAUAAUAAUUACUUGAAACAACUAGAUUUUCUUUUUCUUUUUUUAUAGUGUACGAAUGAUGUUCAUGUUCUCAUGAACGUAUGGGCAUAUGUCUGACUUUAUUUGCUUGUACUUUCCUUAUUUAAUCAAAACUGCUGUUCAGGUUUCCUGAAUAAUGAUUCAUCUCAGGUUUGGAUUCAUUUUCUUAAUGUUACAAAAUCAGCAUAUCAGACGUUUGUUAUUGGAAUUAGCGGUAAAUCUACUUGUAAUCAGUGUACAAGCAAUAUCCCCCUUACAGAAUCAACUACCAACUGUGCCCCUGUAGCAUUUGCCGGACUGUGUGUGUGUGCCAAGGGUUGCUAUUCUGGACCUAGCCUUUGUGAUGCCCUGAGACCCUAAUUUAAGACUUAAGCUCUCCAGACUUCGUUGCCAUGGAUACAGGUCCCUACUUGCCUCUCUCUGUAAUUACAGGUCGACGUCUCACUCCGAUUCUUAAGCACACACACGCAGGCACGCCUGCUUUUGGGGGUUCAGUCAGCCUCUGAAAGAGAGCAGUGGGAAAAGCAUCUUCUCUCACAUUCCCUUUUACUCUGCACCACUGCUUGAAUCUUUCCCGGUCCCAACAUCCCAAGGCUCGCCAUGUGCCUUGCUCUAUAUCCUAGUUUUUCUGCCUGUAGCCUCCUCUCUCUCUCUCGCUUUUACCUCACUCUCUCUGUUUCUCUCUCUCUGUGCCUUUCUACACCUCUUGCUCUUGUGGAUUCAGAGAGGUCAGCAGUUACUUAGCAACAGAUGAGAGCUUUUGUGUAUAGUAUGUGCUGACUGGCCGAUUCACUUGUCAGAAUGAAUCUAGCAGUGGCAACACAAGUGGUUAGUUGCUUAGUUUAUGCAUUGUCUUUUUAAAAAUAAAUUGAUAACAUCCUGUAACGCUUGACAUUGUACCUGCAGGUAUAAUGCUAUAACUUGUUAUUACUUGUCUUACAGUAAGGUUUAUUGUGUUAUCUAUGCAUUAAUAUUUCUACUGACUCAAAAUGACAGAAACAUUAUGAGAUGAUUCCAAGACAUUAUUAAAGGGUCAUGCAUGCUUACGACAAGUCUUGCAAUGCAUUAUAAUUGCAUCAUAAUGCAUUACACCUACAGGCUUUAAGUGUUACCUAUGGCUUUGAGGAGAUAUUGUGAGAGAUAGAUAAAAGAAAGAUUGAUAGAGAGGGAGGUGAGAGAGAUGGAGAGUUAUUUUAAGACACAGAUCCUGGGAUGGUCAUACCAGAAGGAUGGGCAGACUGCGUGUGUGUGUAUGUGUGUGUUUUUGGUUUGUGUCCACAGGUAUGUGACUUGUGUGACAGUGGAUGAUUGAAUCUUACAGAUCGAUUGUGUGUGUGUGUGUGAGCCUCUAUUUAUAUAUCUGAGUGUGUCUAGCAGAGAGACAGGAGGUGGACAGUACAGUGUGACACAGCAGCACUCCCACUGUGACAAACAGCAAUUUAAAACUCAUACAUUAAUGAAUGUUUAUGCGAGCAGCUGCAAAGCUUCACUGGUGUACUGAUCUGUAUUCAGUCAGUGUCUUCAGUGGGUGGGAGACACCAUCAUCCCCAAAUGUCAGUACCGUAGGAUUCUCUCUUAUAGCAUCAUGGAACACUCAGACCCCUCAGUUCACGGGAAAAUGGCAUCUUUAAAAGCCCCACAGUCAGUCAAAGAGAUGCCAGGACCUGUUAUCUAACAGACAGUGAGUCUCUCACCACUCAUACCGAUGUGGAUCGUUGCACUUACAGCAAAACCAUUUCUAUGUAACAGAUUAAUUAUAGAUAUCUGAAUGAUAAUUGACUGGACGAGAUAUUAGUCGUAUUUGGCAUAUGUUUAUGCUUGUCAAAGUGAGUUCUAUCAGUUCAGUGUCAGGGCUUAUGGCAGGGUUUCAGUUGUUAGCAUUGCAGGAGAACUUGGUAAAUAUUUCUCUGUGAUUGGCCAGUAAAAUGCAAGUAAGCUGCUCAGCUGGAGCAUUAUGGGAUGUUACCUCUCAGCGUGGGUGACACAGCCAGUGACCCUGAAAUCCAGAGGCUCUCACAUGAGUGGCAUGCUGAGUGCAUUAAGACAUAUGGCCCUCUCACCUCCAAGCUAUGAGGACUGAUCAUUCCAUCGUACUGGAUCUGAACUGGAGGAGAUGAUUGAAAAGAGUUUGAGACUAACACAUUUUUUUGAUGAUGAGGGAAUUACAAUUUGUAUUUGAUUUUUAUCCUCUCCAUAGCGAUGAGGAGGAGUUGCGCAAGUCCUUCUCCGAGUUGGCCGAUUUGCGCACUGACUCCGCUUCCCACACCAUGAAGCGAAUCGGCAGUAGUCUAGGCGUGGCCCAGAAUCCUGACGCCCUGAUCUAUAAGAACGGCUUCCUGGUACGGAAGGUCCACGCAGACUCUGACGGCAAGAAAAGUAGGUUCCCUCUAACCUCACCUGUCACCUGUGAACCAUAUCUGUUCCAUUUCAAGGUUGAUAAAUCCGACCAUGUUUGUCUAAACAUUGCUGUACUAUCACUAAGUCUGAUUCAAAAUCACAUUGUGGAUAUUUACUUUCUUUCUAUGGUCUGUUUUUCAGCCCCUCGAGGUAAGAGAGGAUGGAAGACAUUUUAUGUCAUGCUGAAGGGACUGGUCCUUUACCUGCAGAAGGUACACCAAACCACACCCCUCCCACCAUCCUUACAGUAUAUCCCACUCUGUGAUUGGACGUGUGUGAUAACAUUCUGCUCUCUGAUUGGUCUGUAGGGAGAGUACCGUCCAGAUAAGCAGCUGUCUGAAGAGGAUCUGAAGAACGCUGUGUCCAUCCACCACUCUCUGGCCAUGAGGGCAGCAGACUACAGCAAGAGGCCCAACGUCUUCUACCUGCGCACUGCAGAUUGGAGAGUGUUCCUCUUCCAAGCACCGUGAGUCUCCUCAUCCUCCUCUUCCACCUCCACCCACUCCUCAUCUCUACCCUCCUCCACCCAUGUCUUAUCUCCACCAAGUCCACCUCUUUAAUUCCAUACAAUUAAGAAUUUAGUUAUCUGACCCAAUUUUGUGCUCUGUAUUAGCUCUGUAUUGGUACAUGGCUAUUUCUGCCUUCUACAAGGCUGUACUAAGUGCCUCCAAAAUAGUAGUGAUUGAGUACAGAGUGGGCAGUGCCCCUGUCAUAGAGCCCCAGGCUCAGAUAGAUGAUCAUGAUGUUUUUGUGUCCCUGGAGGACACAGUUGUCUGGGAUGUCCUAGAUACACACUUUCUUUCAGGGUUGGGAUCAAUUCCAUUUCAAUUCAGGAAGUGGAAUUAAAAAAUCCUCAUUGAAAAUAAAUGUCACUAUUAUUCAAUUGAUAACUGACCCCAAACCUGUCUACCUGCCUGUUUCUAUUAGUUGCCUUUUUUGUUUACUGGGGCUGAGAAUUGUGGCCUUUAUUCUGAUAGUCAGUAUCCAGAUUUUAACUCUCUUGUCCUCCAUCUCAGUAAUGCAGAGCAGAUGCAGUCGUGGAUCACCCGUAUCAACGUGGUGUCAGCCAUGUUCUCAGCGCCACCCUUCCCUGCAGCCAUCGGCUCCCAGAAGAAAUUCAGCCGCCCGCUGCUGCCAGGCUCCAACACCAAGCUGUCUCAGGUACACAGAGGCCUCCACUCACACCAUGACCCUCUCUCUCUUUCUCUCGCUCUCUCUGCUUCCCCAUACUAGCUCUUAGUCCAAACCUAUUACCGCCAGUAUCUGUUCUGUAGUUAGAUUAACCCAAACAUUUUUUUAAACUUGUGUACUUAAGGCAGAUCAUUAAAUACACACUCCUGUAUACUUCUUUUUGUGUUAAAAACAGAGAAGAACUGCUAUUUACAACCAUAAAAUUACUAAAAUGCGUAAGUAGGCCUCCAUGUUGAGCAGAAUUCUGUAUAAGUUAACCUGACUUUGGUGUAGCCUUAUGUUAAUGAUAUACCUUUGUCAUGUGACAGGAAGAGCAGGUGAAAUCCCAUGAGACACGUUUCCGGGCCAUCUCCUCUGAGCUGAAUGAGUUAACCGCUGUAAUUCCAGACAAAAAGGCCAAAGUGUGUGAUCUGGAGGAGCACAAGCAACGUGAGGAGUACCUGGAGUUUGAGGUAAGGGAUUGUUGUUGUUGUCUGUUUUAAUAUAGUUAUAGGGAUUGAUCGUUGCAGCCAGAGCUGUAGUCGAGCCGAGUUUGGCAGACUGAGUUUGUUUGAUAUUCAGAAUUUGAAUGGCUGCCAAAUUGGCUAUCAAAUGUUUUAAGACAAUUCCAUUCCAGGCCAGCCAGAAUGGAAAUAAGAAUGCUUUAGUUUGGUGCCAGAAUCCAGGACAGAUUGCCAAGCUCUAUUGCCAAACUAUGGCUUUGAUCUCAGCUAUGCAGAAUCCUUGCAGAAUCCUGUUUGACAUCAAGUACUCUCUCUCUCUCUCGCUCUCUCUGAUCCAGAAAACUCGCUACGGUACGUACGCCAUGCUACUGAGGGCUAAGAUCCGGAGUGGGGAAGAGGACCUGUCUCUAUUCGAGUCGCGUCUCUUUGACAACGGGGGUCUCCAGAGGGCCCACUCCAGCCCCACUCUGCGGGAGGAACACAGCAGCAGCAGCCAGGCCAGCAGUGCUAAGGGUGGGGGCAGCAGCAGUAGUUCCAGCACCAAGGGGAGAAGCAAGACCAAGCGCUCUGAGCCCCAGAGAAACAGCUAUAGACAGGCUGUCAAA